AAGGGGGGUGGGAUGGAGGAGGGAAGUGGAAUGAAAUGAGCCGGAAAGAGGGGGUGACCUCAGUUUAAAAGGCGUUGGGUGUAGGGGUCAAAAAGAGGAGGCAGAGAAGAAGGAUUAGUAGGGGACCUGAGGACAGAAGGCUGAACUCCUUGGUCCAGGUCAGAGUGUGCAGCAGAUAAGUGGAAGGAAGCAUUGUGUUUGUCACCUCUAAUUUCGACAUAGGUGCUGUUUUUUUUUUGCUGUUUUUUUUUUUUCUUUUUGACAUAUAACUGAGGAAUGUGGUUGAUCCAGUGUUGACUCCCCCACCCUCUGCCUCCCUGACGAUGACCCCGGGCAAACCUCUGUCAGGCGCCAGAAUGGCACAGACCUGCUUCCUCCUCCUGUUAAUUGGGAACGCCAUCUCGGUUUCCACGCAGUUUAACGGAUACAACUGUGACGCCAACUACCACAGCAGGUUUCCUGCCGAGCGGGACAUCAGCAUUUACUGCGGCGUCCAAACCAUCACCCUGAAGAUCAAUUUCUGUCCCGUGCUCUACUCGGGCUACACAGCCGCAGACCUGGCCCUGAACGGCCAGCACGGCGAUGCUCAGUGCCGCGGCUUUGUCAACAACAACACGUUCCCCACCGCCGUCCUGUUCAGCAUCAGCCUCAGCACUCUGGAGGCCUGCGGCAACAGCCUGGUGGUCAGCACAGCUCACGGGGUCAACGCCUUCGGGAACAUGUCGCUGGUGCAAAUUGGGAAUAUCUCAGGAUACAUCGACACCCCCGACCCGCCGACUAUAAUCAGCUACCUGCCUGGUUUGCAGUACAAGUUCAGCUGCAGCUACCCGUUAGAGUACCUAGUCAAUAACUCACAGCUGGCGUCCUCGUCUGCCGCCGUGUCAGUGAAGGACAGCAACGGCACGUUUGUUAGCACGCUCAGUAUGAUCCUGUACAAUGACUCUACGUACAGUCAGCCCCUGUCAAUCCCAAUGACCGGCCUUGCUCUGAAAACCAGAGUGUUUGCUGCUGUAAAAGCUACCAACUUAGACAAACGAUGGAAUAUCUUGAUGGACUACUGUUACACCACCCCCUCAGGGAAUCCUAAUGAUGAACUCCGCUAUGACCUUUUCUUCGGAUGCUCCAAAGACUCGCAGACGACCGUUUUCGAGAACGGAAAGAGUCAGAUGGGGCGUUUCUCCUUCGAGGUCUUCCGAUUCGUGAAGCACAGACACCAGAAGAUGUCCACCGUGUUUCUGCACUGUGUCACCAAGCUUUGCAGGGCGGAUGACUGCAUCAUGCUCAUCCCGAUUUGUGGGCGACGGCGCAGGAGGGAUGGAGAACAGAACCUUGAUUCCCGGCCAGUGGCGUCUGGGAAUGCCGUUAUCACGGCCGGUCCAAUCAUCACAAGGAGUGAUGAAACACCUGUCAACAACUCUCAACUUGCAAUUGGCAACUCCUCCCAGCGAUUAAACGCUUUGACCAUUGCGCUGAUCUCGGGUGUGGCCAUACUGGGCGGAGUCAGUGUUGGCUUCCUGGUUCUGUCGCUCCGCCUCCUGCAAAAGUCCCGCCUCCCGACAGCUGCAGCCUCUGGUGUUUGGAAUCCCAGCUUUAAUUGA